UCCCACUCUCUAAUCCACAGGGAACUCGGUUCAAUCUGAUUGGUUGGGGAUGUGGCAACAAGGGACGAGAACAAUAGCAUCAUUUCUACUUAAAAACAGUGCCGCUAUGCCUUGAAGACGAAAGCAUUUCGGGCGGAGGACGACUAAUAGCGCACCAGACGCGGUUAAUCAAAGUUCCAAGUUGUUCGGUGAUCCCCUUGAUCCUGGAUUUAAUUUAAACCAACGUCGAUCUAUUUUAAGUGCCUUAUUCGCGAUCUGCAAAAAUGCCAAAAGGGUUUCUAGUGAAACGAAACAAGAAAGCGACAGCCGUGUCCUACAGGAUCCGCUCCGACGAAGAGGAUCAGGAACAAAUUCAAGACUUAAAAAAUCAAAACGAUGCAUCCCCUCCCGCAUCGCCCGAAUCCAGCUCCAAAUGCGCCGUGGAGGCAUCACCAAAUAAUGAAGCGGACACGACCGUCUCAAGGCAGGAUGCAAAACCGGUCCAAUUUGGCAUUCCGGAAGCAGUGUACCAGGCGCUCUACAGCCCCACCCGGCCCGUCAGCAAAGAUCACGAAAGGACAUAUUUUGAGAGACAUUUCAAUCUUGGCUCUCCAAUUUCUGCCGAAUCCUUUCCGACACCUGCAGUGCAUUCCAAUUUAGAUCAACUUUUGUUUGCACCAGUGGACUUAAAAAUAGGCACCAGCAACAGCAACCAGAACGUCACCACCAGCACCAUCCCUACCGCCAUCACCAAGAACAGCACCAAAAGGCCCUUUUCCGACCCCGAACGCAAGGGCAAAUCUAUAUCAAAAAAGACUAAAGUGAUCAGGAAACUGCACUUCGAAGACGAGGUGACCACAUCCCCGGUGCUUGGUCUGAGAAUCAAAGAAGGUCCAGUAGAUCAAAAGCCUAGACAACCUUCAACAGGAGGUAACAAGCCUUUAGGAGAAUUCAUCUGCCAGUUGUGCAGGGAAGAAUACGGCGACCCGUUCGCUUUAGCGCAGCACAAGUGCUCUAGGAUAGUCAGGGUUGAAUACAGAUGUCCUGAGUGUGACAAGGUAUUCAGCUGCCCGGCAAACCUGGCCUCUCACAGGCGUUGGCACAAACCGAGACCCCCGAGCACUACCCAAGUUACCAAAUCUGAAAUGGUAAAGAUUCCUUCUGGAGACAAGGCUGUAUCUGAGGAGUUCAAGGACGUGAGACCCGACGCAGCGAGCGACAGGGAUACUCCCAGUCCCGGUUUGUCAGACUCGGGGUCAGAAGGUGGUUUGUAUGACUGUCAUCACUGCAGAAAGAAGUUCAAACGUCAGGCGCACCUGAGAAAGCAUCUUCUGGGACACAGUGUCUUGCUAAACAAAAUACUCGACGACCAAGUUGUGUCUUCGUCGCUACAAAACGCGGAAAAUGGGGAAACAACCAAAGAGGCGCUUUCCUCCGACGAAAGCCAAAGUCCAUCUCCUCUGAAUUUAAGCUCCGCGGAGUGCCACCCGUGCCCGGUGUGUGGGGAGAAUUUUCCGAGCAGGGUCAACCAGGAGAAGCACCUGCGCCUCCUGCACUCGUCCCAGGUUUUUCCCUGCAAGUACUGCCCCGCCACGUUCUACAGCUCCCCGGGGCUGACGCGACACAUCAACAAAUGCCACCCCUCGGAAAACAGGCAAGUCAUCCUCCUUCAGAUGCCCGUGCGACCCGCCUGCUAAGCCGCCAGAAAAGCCGUGCCUUCACUUUGAGAAUUACGCGGCGCAUGAAGGAAUCUCCACCGUACCGAGGUCACGCCGCUGACGUUGCAAUGUAGGACUGAGUUCCCUUCGGCACUGUUUGAUGGACGUUGAAAUCUAUGGGACUAAAAGUUGAAUGAUAUAUUUUCAGAUUCCUCUUAGUUUAUCAGAAGAACGCGAAACGGUAGACUAUCUGAAAUAUUUUUCUAGGACCUCUGCACAGGUGAUAAUGUACUAGCUUCUAGACCUAAGAGAAGGAUACUGUAGUUGUUAUGAAAUGCCUUUUUAAUUCACAGGCUGUAAACUUCCCUAUCACUUCGUUAGCUUUAUUAUAGCUUGUGAAUCGGUGGACAUUGAAUUGUAGCUUUGUUUCGAAACAAACGACACUUCUGUAAACUUUCCCUUCUAGUGUAGCCUUAAAUGCAUCGGAUUAGCGUAUUUUUCACAUUGAUACCCAGCUGUGCAACUGCCUUAAAAAGUUAAAUGUCAGUGACCGAUGAUUAUUUAUGAUUUAUCUUAAACGAGUUUGACAUAUAUUUUAUGAUUGUUAUUUUUAAUACUGCGAUAUAUGUAACUUCAUACCGCUUAAGGUACUUUUAUUUAUUUAUUUAUUCAGAUUAUUGUAUGUAAUUUAUUGGUUUGCGCGAUUUCGCUUUGAGUGUCACCAUGACAUUCUACAUGCCUUAGCCAAAUGUUUCCCUCGUCGAAUGUGUCUGUUGAGGAUUCCCCCGCCAAUGUUGUGGAUGGUGCACAAAUGUAAUACAAUCGAUAGAGAUCUCGUCAAAUAUGUAGCUAUUAGAUGCAAUCCUUUUUUUAUAAACAGGUUAUUUUUCAUAAACUUUAGCUUUUAUAGCGCUUCAGCAGUAUGUUUCAAUCGUGUUUCUUAAUUAUUCAUAUAAAACAACAACAACAAUAGUGAUGUUAAAAUAAAAAACCGAAGUGAGACAGGUUUCUUUUGUGUAUGAUGACUCGGACGCCGGCCUGAUUUAGAUCUGUUGGGUUAAAUCAGCGAGUGAUGUUCCGGCUUGUGUAACUUGACACCUAAAUGCGUUACAAUGACCAAAAAGCUGUGCAGCGUGGGACGUCUAUACAACCAUCGUUAUGUGUGCAGAAUGAACAUUUGCCUCUAAACUUUCGGAACAGCUCAGUUCAGGUGUUGAAUUUGCACAAGAUUAUUUUCCUUUUCCCUGUUUCAUUCUGAAAUGUGCGUUUAACCAGAUUUAUGUAAAAUAUAUGUAGUUUGAACUGCAGCGUCUCCCUAAGUCUUAAAUGUUUGGACGGUUUAGUAUCCAGGCUGUCGUGUUCAACAAUUUACCAAUAUAACUUGACACUUUCCCCAUUUUAAAUGUUUUCAAUCAAUGUAACUAAUAAAUAAGUCAAUAAAUAUAAAUUCAUUUUCUCAUUUAAAGGAAAAAGACCAACAAAUCACAGGAGACAAAAAGGGAAAUUUAUCCCCAAAAUAUAAAUGAACACCGUCGUUAUUACAAUAAUGUUACAUACACAGUAUAUUGAAAUGUGGUCAAAAUCAGGUUUUCUUCUGAGACAAGGUGUGGCACAUACCUAUGUGCUUAUGGGAAGUGAAUCAUGUAAUUGGUAUUAGAAAUGAGUAUCUUAUUGUAUGUGUGUAAUAAAAAAUGAAAGC